AUUAAAAGGAAAAAAAAUAAUAAUCCGAACUUAUAAAACGUUCGGAUUUUACAACAAAAUAAAAGAAAAAUAAAACUUGGAGUCUUCGGAUGUUUGAACGAACGCAAGAAGACGAACGGACAGAGAGAGGAACGACGCCGGAGCAAAAGAAGGGUAAGGAAAGCGGAGUCGCCGGAGCUUUCCUUAAGGAGCCCCGCCUCGGCAAACCAACGACUUACGCCGUGCACUGCAAGGCGGGGCCCGGGUACGCGCUCAGCACCCGAGGCGGCGCCGUCAUUCUUGCACCCGUUGACCGGUCCGACGAAUGCCAGCACUGGUUCAGGGAAGACAAGCUUAGCGCCCGAGUCAUGGACGAGCACGGCUUCCCCAGCUUCUCGCUGGUCAAUAAGGCCACCGGGAAAGCUGUCGGGCACCCAGACGGAGCGGGCAGGCCGGUGGAGCUCGUGCCGCACGACCGCGACGGAGUUCAGCUGGAUGGGUCCGUCCUUUGGACUGUGGCGGGGGAGGAUGGAGACGAGUUUAAAGCUAUUAGGAUGCAGAAUAACGUCCGGCUGAACAUGGAUGCGCUCGGCGGCGUUAAAGAGUCCGGCGGCAUCCGUGACGGCACGGUCGUCGGAGUUUGGGAAUGGAACGGCGGUGACAACCAACGCGUGGUCGCCGCCGCCGGCAACAACGACAAUAUCCUUCACCACCACCACCACCACUUUUCCCACCAAGAUCACCAUCACUACCACCACUACGAACGCAACAAUCCCUGCUGCCUCAGCGAGGACGACACUACGCCGUCCGAUACGAAGCAAACUUACCGCGUCUACUGCAAGGCAGAUGCGGGCUUCUCCCUGACGGCGGAUGGCGCGGUCUUCCUCGCCCCCAACGACCCGUCAGACCCGCGGCAGCGCUGGGUCAAAGAAGACCGGCGCAGCGCGCUCGUCAGGGACAAGGACGGGUUCCCCAGCUUCGUCCUGGUCAACAAGGCCACCCGGCAGGCAAUCAAGCAUCCGGACGCCGCCCGGAAGCCGGUGAAGCUGGUACCCUACGACGACGAGGACGGAGAAGGGGCUGUUCUCGACGGAUCGCUGCUGUGGACGGCGGGGGACGACGGGUGCAAGGCCAUCUGCGCACAAAACAACACUUCGCUGUGCAUGGACGCCCUGAAGGGGACAAAGAAGCUCGGCGGCGUGCGGGAGGGGACGGUGGUCGGAAUGUGGGAGUGGAACGAAGGGGACAACCAACUCUGGUCGCGCUGCCGGCAACGCCAACAACAACCACCACCACCACCAUUAUCACUACUACGGACGCAGCAACCCCGCCGCCUCGGCGAAGACGACACCACGUCGGCCGAUAACAAGCAAACCUACCGCGUCUACUGCAAGGCAGACGCGGGCUUCUCCCUGACGGCGGACGGCGCGGUCUUCCUCGCCCCCAACGACCCGGCCGACCCCCGGCAGCACUGGGUCAAGGAAGACCGGCGCAGCGCCCUCGUCACGGACAAGGACGGCUUCCCCAGCUUCGCCCUUGUCAACAAGGCCACUGGCCAGGCGAUCAAGCACGGCCCCCGGACGCCGGUGAAACUGGUUCCCUACGACGACGACGGAGAAGGGGCUGUUCUCGAUGGAUCGCUGCUGUGGACGGCGGCGGACGUGGCGGGGGAUGACGGGUACAAAGCCAUUCGCGUGCAGAACAACACUUUGCUGUGUGCAUGGACGCAUUGAAGGCGAUAGAAGAGUUCGGCGGCGUACAAGACGGGACGGUGGUCGGAAUUUGGGAAUGGAACGGUGGGGACAACCAACGUUGGAUCAUCGUUCCGUCUUCGACUUCUUAAUUAAUUACUUUAAUUAGUUUGCUCGGUGUGUUAAAUUAGCACUCGUUUAAGACUUUUAAAAAUUCUGGUUUCGGUCAUAGUAUGCUACUCACAUUUUAUUUAUUUUACUCCCUCUCUUUGGAAAAGUACUUUCUAAUUUGACCAUCAAUUUUGUUUUUGGUCUGAUUAACAAAAUUAUGAUGUGAUU